GGGACCCGAGCGCGACAAGGCGGCCCGCGGACCGGGGCGGGCUAGUGGGGAAGCGAAACUGAGGGAGGAGGCGGCGGCUCUGGCAGCGGCUGGGCCAGGCCUGGUGGCGGCGGCAUCGGCGGUCUGACCGCCCCCCCUCUCCGCUCCUUGGCAGGUCGCCCUCUUCCCUCAGCUGGCUCUGACCAGGGCAGCUGACUAUCUGGAUUUAUGGUUGCAGUAACAAUGAAGAGGAGAAAUGAUUCAGAAUGCACUGCCCCUCUCAAGAAACAGAAGAAACGAGUUGCUGAGCUUGCCCUGAGCCUCAGCUCCACAUCUGAUGAUGAGCCUCCUUCCUCUGUCAAUCAUGCAGCAAAAGCAUCUGCUACAAGCCUUAGCGGGUCUGACAGCGAGACUGAGGGGAAGCAACGCAGCUCGGACUCUUUGGACGAUGCAUUCAAAGCAGACUCUCUCGUGGAGGGAACUUCCUCUCGCUACUCCAUGUAUAACAGUGUGUCCCAGAAGCUCAUGGCCAAGAUGGGCUUCAAGGAAGGUGAAGGAUUGGGUAAAUACAGCCAGGGUCGGAAGGACAUCGUUGAGGCCUCUAAUCAGAAAGGUCGACGAGGCUUGGGUCUGACACUGCAAGGCUUUGACCAAGAGCUGAAUGUGAACUGGCGAGAUGAGCCAGAGCCCAGUGCCUGUGAGCAGGUGUCAUGGUUCCCAGAGUGUACCACUGAAAUUCCUGACACUCAGGAAAUGAGCGAUUGGAUGGUUGUGGGGAAGAGAAAGAUGAUUAUUGAAGAUGAAACAGAGUUUUGUGGGGAAGGCCUGCUUCGCAGUGUGUUGAAGUGUAAGAGCGUGUUUGACGUUCUGGAUGGGGAGGAGAUGCGGCGAGCUCGGACCCGGGCCAAUCCCUACGAGAUGAUCCGAGGAGUCUUCUUCCUCAACAGGGCAGCAAUGAAGAUGGCUAACAUGGAUUUUGUGUUCGAUCGCAUGUUUACAAAUCCAAGGGACUCUUAUGGGAAGCCGCUGGUGAAGGACCGGGAAGCGGAGCUUCUGUACUUUGCCGACGUCUGUGCGGGCCCGGGCGGCUUCUCGGAGUACGUGCUGUGGAGGAAGAGGUGGCAUGCCAAGGGCUUCGGGCUGACUCUGAAGGGCCCUCACGACUUCAAGCUGGAGGACUUCUACUCCGCUUCCAGCGAGCUCUUCGAGCCCUACUACGGUGAGGGUGGGAUCGAUGGAGACGGAGACAUCACCCGCCCGGAGAACAUCAAUGCUUUUAGGAAUUUCGUCCUGGAUAACACCGAUCACAAGGGUGUCCACUUUCUGAUGGCUGAUGGGGGUUUCUCAGUGGAGGGACAGGAGAACCUACAGGAGAUCCUCAGCAAACAGCUGCUGCUCUGUCAGUUCCUCAUGGCGCUGUCUGUUGUCCGGACAGGAGGCCACUUCAUCUGUAAAACCUUCGACCUCUUCACACCGUUCAGCGUGGGGCUCAUCUACCUGCUGUACUGCUGCUUUGAACGAGUCUGUCUCUUUAAGCCGAUUACCAGCCGUCCUGCCAACUCAGAGAGGUAUGUGGUGUGCAAGGGCCUGAAGGUGGGCGUAGAUGAAGUGCGGGAUUACCUCUUCUCAGUCAACAUUAAACUCAACCAGCUGCGGAACACUGAUUCUGAUGUCAACCUGGUGGUCCCCUUGGAGGUGAUCAAGGGAGACCAUGAAUUUACUGACUACAUGAUACGGUCCAACGAGGGCCACUGUAGUCUGCAGAUCAAAGCUCUGGCCAAAAUCCGUGCCUUUGUCCAAGACACGACCCUGAUUGAGCCUCGGCAGGCAGAGAUCCGGAAAGAGUGCCUCCGGCUCUGGGGGAUCCCGGACCAGGCUCGAGUUGCUCCUUCUUCCACAGACCCAAAAUCUAAGUUCUUCGAGCUCAUCCAGGGCACUGAGAUUGACAUCUUCAGCUACAAGCCCACGCCGCUUACUGCCAAGACCCUGGAGAAGAUCCGCCCAGUGCUCGACUACCGCUGCAUGGUGUCUGGCAGCGAGCAGAAGUUCCUCAUCGGCCUGGGGAAGUCUCAGAUCUACACGUGGGAUGGCCGCCAGUCAGACCGCUGGGUCAAGCUGGACCUGAAGACAGAGCUACCGCGGGAUACUCUGCUCUCUGUGGAGAUUGUCCAUGAGCUGAAAGGGGAGGGGAAGGCCCAGCGGAAGAUAAGUGCGAUCCACAUCCUUGAUGUCCUCGUGCUGAACGGCAGCGACGUGCGGGAGCAGCACUUUAACCAACGGAUUCAGCUUGCUGAGAAAUUUGUGAAAGCUGUUUCCAAGCCCAGUCGGCCUGACAUGAAUCCCAUCAGGGUGAAGGAGGUGUACCGGCUGGAGGAGAUGGAGAAGAUUUUUGUUAGGCUAGAAAUGAAGAUCAUUAAGGGCUCCAGUGGCACACCGAAGCUCAGCUACACAGGGCGGGACGACCGGCACUUCGUGCCCACCGGCCUCUACAUCGUCAGGACGGUGAAUGAGCCAUGGACGAUGGGAUUCAGCAAAAGCUUCAAGAGGAAGUUCUUCUACAACAAGAAAACCAAGAACUCUACCUUUGACCUCCCUGCAGAUGCCAUUGCUCCAUUUCACAUCUGCUACUAUGGCCGGCUCUUCUGGGAGUGGGGGGAUGGCAUCCGUGUGCACGAAUCCCAGAAGCCCCAGGACCCAGACAAGCUGUCCAAGGAGGAUGUCCUCUCCUUCAUCCAGACACACAGCGCCUGAGGGCCUGGGGCGUGCCCACCCUGCCCAGCGCCCUGUCGUUCGGAGCCUGGCCUUGAGGGCGGUGGCCCCUCCCGCUCCUCGAAGAGCUCAGUUGGAGCCUUUAGAGGACACAUGUUCCUUCUGUGGGACACUCUGAACUUUCCUCCCUGGAGCGCUGCCUGGGAACUGUCUCCCCUGCCAGGACAGGACUCCAUCAGCUCCUGCAGCAGGUCAAGGUCAGGGCCCAAGGCACCUGGGGCCAGCGGGGGACAUGUCAGGGGUAGCAGGGCUCUGCCGUUCUCGCUUGUAGCGCACACUCACUUUUCUGAGUUCUGUGCAUUGCCCGAGGGCGCCUGUGCCCCUGCCUUGCCCAGCUUUUUAUUGGGCAAACUCUGAGAGGGGAGGCCCAUUGUUGUGAGCUGGCUGGAGCAGCUGCUAUAUAAAUCAAAGUUCUGUUUCCUUGAACUUGUUCUGUUUUGAUGCCAAGUUGGAGAAGACUGCCUCCUCCCCUGCCCUGCCCUGGUCUUCCCAGCCCACACCUCUGACCAUCCUGCAGGCCGGGAAGGGAAGCAUGUGGACCCCGUCUGAUACUACAUAGGAUGCAGGUGGCAUGUCUGGGAGUGGGUGUGACUGCUUCCUGGGGUUGUAGAGUCUUUCUGUGCCCCAGCCCUCUCAGUGUAAACCCUGGGCAGCUCUAGAAGGGGAGGAAGCAGCCUUGAAGAGCUGCGUUUUCUGUGGCCAGCAGUGGUGGCCCCCUGUAACAGGGUCCUCCAGGGUUGGGUGGCACCCAGUCCUCUGGCGAUCAUGGCACUCCUGGUUGCCCCAGACACCUUGCCACCCUCCCCCCGUCCUUUGUUUUCUUCCCCAACAGGAGGCACAGUUGCUUUUGUUUGUCCUUAUGUGGUCACUCCACGUCCUCUAUAUCUUGGCGGGCGGAGGGGGAAAGCUGGGCAGUAGCUUUGGGUGGGGGAGGGAACCUGGGGUGGUUUUUAAUGGGAAAUACCUCUCGGAGAUGCUCACAGGGGCUCCCUAGGGCCCCAUCCGUGUACUAAACUGGUUUCCAUGGAGAUAGAGGGCACGGAGGCUUCCCAUGAGGUUGGAAUUGACUCCACCUCAGGGGUCUCCAGCCCACAUCCAGCCCCUCCCCCCAGGUUGUCAGCAGCACCGCUGAGAUGCUGUAUUUCCACCCAAUUCUGGGUAUCAGUGUGUCUUGCAGAACCUUGGAUCAUUAAAGACAUAUUUUUAA